AGGAAGCCGAGCUCCGUGAGGACUCAACCUCCAACUUGUUUCAAUUCAUUCAUUCUUCUCUUCUCUCCGCUUCGGGGAAGUGAUUGUGGCGCUUGCUGUUUCUCAUUGCUGGAAUUGAGAAAGAGGGAGAAUACCAUGCAGCCCUUUUCUCCAUCUCCCUAUUACCUUUCGCAGAUGCAAGUCUCUCCAAGUUGGUGGCUAAGAAGAUGAUAGUUACACAAAUGAGUCACUUCUACACAAGCAGCCUUGGGCUUCUUUUCCUGAUUAAUACUUUUCCUGGAACAACUGGCCAAGGGGAAUCAAGACGACAAGAACCUGGGGACUUUGUGAAGCAGGAUAUUGGCGGGCUCUCUCCUAAGCACGCCCCAGAUAUUCCUGAUGACAGCACUGACAACAUCACUAUAUUUACCAGAAUCUUAGAUCGUCUUCUAGAUGGCUAUGACAACCGGCUGCGACCUGGUCUUGGAGAUGCAGUAACUGAAGUGAAGACUGACAUCUAUGUAACCAGUUUUGGCCCUGUGUCGGACACUGACAUGGAGUACACCAUUGAUGUAUUUUUUCGACAGACAUGGCAUGAUGAAAGACUUAAAUUUGAUGGACCCAUGAAGAUCCUUCCCCUGAACAAUCUCCUGGCUAGUAAGAUCUGGACACCUGACACCUUCUUUCACAAUGGCAAGAAAUCAGUAGCCCAUAACAUGACCACACCUAACAAGCUGCUCAGACUGGUGGACAAUGGAACGCUCCUCUACACAAUGAGAUUAACAAUUCAUGCUGAGUGCCCCAUGCAUUUGGAAGAUUUUCCUAUGGAUGUACAUGCCUGCCCACUGAAGUUUGGAAGCUAUGCCUAUACAACAGCUGAAGUGGUUUAUUCAUGGACUCUUGGGAAGAACAAAUCUGUGGAAGUAGCACAGGAUGGCUCCCGCCUGAAUCAGUACGACCUGCUGGGCCAUGUUGUUGGGACGGAGAUAAUCCGGUCUAGUACAGGAGAAUAUGUCGUCAUGACAACCCACUUCCAUCUCAAGCGAAAAAUUGGCUACUUUGUGAUCCAGACCUACUUGCCAUGUAUCAUGACUGUCAUUCUGUCACAAGUGUCUUUCUGGCUCAACAGAGAGUCUGUCCCUGCCCGCACGGUCUUUGGUGUCACCACUGUUCUCACCAUGACCACCUUGAGUAUCAGUGCCAGAAACUCCUUACCUAAAGUGGCAUACGCGACGGCCAUGGAUUGGUUCAUAGCCGUCUGUUAUGCCUUUGUAUUUUCUGCGCUGAUUGAAUUUGCCACUGUUAACUACUUCACCAAGCGGAGUUGGGCUUGGGAAGGCAAGAAGGUGCCAGAGGCCCUGGAGAUGAAGAAGAAAACACCAGCAGCCCCAACAAAGAAAACCAGCACCACCUUCAACAUCGUGGGAACCACCUAUCCCAUCAACCUGGCCAAGGACACUGAGUUCUCCACCAUCUCCAAGGGCGCUGCUCCCAGUGCCUCCUCAACCCCGACAAUUAUUGCUUCACCCAAGACCACCUACGUGCAGGACAUCCCAACUGAGACCAAGACCUACAACAGUGUCAGCAAGGUUGACAAAAUUUCCCGCAUCAUCUUUCCUGUGCUCUUUGCCAUUUUUAAUCUAGUCUAUUGGGCCACCUAUGUCAACAGGGAGUCAGCUAUCAAGGGCAUGAUCCGCAAACAAUAGAUAGUGGUGAUGCAGCAACCAGAGCACUGUAUACCCUAGGAAGCAUCCAGGCACCCGAACCCCAGGGCUCCCUUUUCUGUGUUUCAGGACUCUUCUUUUUAACUCUCUACCAAACUGUGACUCUCUCAAUUCAUAUUUAUGAGUCUCAAUGAAAAAAUAAUAACAGAAAAAUUACUUGCCCCUUUGACAUUGCUGAGUAUACCCUCAUCAGAGCCAAACACUGCCAUUUGUUCAGUUGCUCACCUUAGUCUGCCAGUCUCCCCCAGCUGAGGGCACUGCAUGUAUUUUAUUGCACUCUGCCCACUGCAGAAAGAACAGUAGACUCUAUUACCUGUAGUGGGAGCCUUGGCUAUUUGCGUGGUCCAGACCAAAGAAGAUUGUUGACUGGUCCAGAUCAUAUGAUUCUAACUCCUGAGGGAGCCAGACUAUCCCAUGUGGCCCUGGUCUGCCACUUCCCUUGCCUACACCACGGCCCACUAGGUAUAAGUACU